AUGAUUUUAUGUUAUCAGUUUAAUGAAGAGAAUCAAAUAGCUAUAGAACAUCUCGAUGAAUACAUUAAAACACAAUUAUUAGGCUGCGAUCUGAAUUUCCCACCAACAACCGAGAAACAGUUUAAAUACAACGAAAACCGUUCGAUUUCGGAUCUUCCGCCGAUAGAAUCCGCAUUCCGAUCACAAGAAGGAAGUUUAUCCGACCUAUUUUUCGCUUUAUUAAAUAUUCAUGAUCCGAUUAUUGAUAAUGCAUUGCCACACUUCUUAAAACUAACCAUGGAUGCAGAGAAAUACAAUAUAAUACUAAAUCUCGUUUUAUUAAACGCAGGAACAAACGAAUUCAAAUAUCAAAUUAAAAAUCCGGUCCAAACGUUCUUUAACCCCAAAAUAUUCAAUCCAUGUUAUUCAUUAUACGAUUCGGAAGUCAGCUACAUGAUUUCCAUUAGAAAAUAUACUUUAGAUUGUUUUUAUCAUUUUCUCAAGCAAGAUUUCUCAUAUAUCAACUCCUACUUCGAGUUUUUGUCCUCUGCAUCAUCGUAUCCAUGGCUUUUCGCGGAAAUUUUAGCUUUUAGCAAAGAAAUUUUCCAAUUAAUAAAUACAGAAGUCCACGCGAGUAUUCUGAUAGAAUGCAUAUGCCAGUUCAUGCUUACAAAGGCUGGGAAGUACGAGGACAACUUCUUUCCUGUAAUUUUCAGUACAAUUAAAUCAUUUUUGACAAAUCCGAAAAUUUAUGAGCAGAUCAUGAUCAAUCCAUUACUAAUCGACUCAUUGUUCAAGAAUACAAUAGAUUGCCAGACUUGUUCCGAUAUUAUUUACAUUUUAUUUGAAAAUUUCUUAGAAACACCGAUAGAUUCAAUUUUCAUCAACAUUAUGAUAGAAAACUUUAGGAAUGAUAUAAAACUUGCCUCAAAAAUUAUGAAAAUCUUUGAAAAAUUUUCAAAUAAUUCACAAAUGGUGAGUUUCAUUCAUUUGAAGCUAUUUAAGGACAUAAUGAUGCAGGUAGGCAAAUUCAAUGAUCCGGAGCUUACACAGAUGCUUAUUGACUUCAUUGCUUCGUUCCAGAGAAAAUUAGAUUUUUCAAAACUUCCUUUUUCGAGUAUGAUUGAAGAUAUCACGUUAAAUGACAAUAUGUAUGAAUCUCUACUAAGAAUGAUAUCGAAUAGUAGCAAAUUCAUUGGAAUUCGUGGUGAAAUUUCCAUUGAUAUUAUUAGAAAAAUAUUUUCAACGGAAUACUUCGUUGAUUUCAUGCAGAGAGUCAAGGAAUUAGUUUGUAAUUCCAUUGUUGAAUGUUAUUACUGUAACAAGUUCGGAUUUUCCUUGUUUUUGAUUGAAUCUGUUCAAAAAAGGGACAAAAUCGAGGAUGUAGACCUUAUUUUGGAAGUUUUCAAGGAGAUAAAUAAAUGGAAUUCAUCAAGACCCAUUAUGUUCUCGUAUUUAAGGCUUUUGUCCAAUGAAACAAACAAAAGAUCAAGAUAUGCUGAAAAAUUAUUAGAAGCGUUAUACGAAACCAUCAAAUCUUCACAAGACCAAGUACUAUAUGCAUUCCUUUUCACUCCUGGAACAGGAUCUCUCAUGAUUCCUCAUCAAAUUAAUUAUUCUACAUUUGUUAUCAAUAUUUACAUGAUUUUAUGUAAUCUUACGGAGACACAAAGACUCAUAACCCUCAAAACAGAAGGAGAAACCGUUACUUUCAGCAUAUCUCCAACUACGCUCUCCAUUAUUAAGAACUUUACAGUGAUCGCUAGCAAAAAUAUUCCUUUCAACCAAAAUGAGUGGUCAAACUUUACUUUUCAGAUCUCUACGAACGAAUUAAUUUUAUAUAUUAAUAAUAAUACAUCAGUUCAGAUCAAAUCUCAAGUACCGAUCAUUAAAUCGACUGUAGAUAGCAUGGAGAUCUUCUGUGAUGAGUUAACUGGUGAAGCUGCCCAUGUUUCUGUUUUUUCAGGUUCAUUAGACGACAGAAUGCUCAAUGUAAUACAUUCAGACACCACGGAAUACACCACUGUCAUCCAUGAGCCCUCUUUAUUGAUGUUAUAUUCAGCGCAUUACGUUGAAGGAAAUCAUGUUUCAAAUGCCUUGCAGAAUUCAUUCGAAUCCGCAACGACAACAUGUAUAAACCUUUCCUUCAUAUCAUCCUUCCGUCGAAUUUUCGAAACUUCCAAAGGAACCCACUUCCUUACUUCACUUUUUUCCCAAAUUGAUUUUAACACUUACCAAGGUACAAGAAACAAUGGUUUUCUUAUGCAAUUACUGCAAUCAUUCACAGAUAUAAUACAAGGAGCCCCUCAAAUACAAGAUUUGAUGGAGCAAGUGAAUACAUUUGCAGUUAUUGCAUAUUUCCUUUCCCAACCAACAAUAAACGAGUAUUUAAACAGCGAAUUAUGGCAGCACAUCUACAUAUUAGAGCAGCAUAUCAAGAAUCCAGUACUUCUUGAGCAAUUUCAGACGAAUGUUUUAUUAAAUCUCGAAAUUUGGCGAAGAUCUGCCAAAAAAGAGUGUGGAUCCUUUAUGUUAUGCUGUCAUAGAGUAUGCCAAUCCAAUGAACAAACGUUCUUUUCGUUGUUUAACAUCAAUUCCUUAUGUGAUUUGUUUCUUUACAUCGUUGAUGAGAACGAAUUCACGGAAACAAACAUCUCCAUCCUUAAAACACUUUUCCAGAAGGCAGCGAAGAUCAGAUUCGGUCAGAAAGAGACUUUGACAAUGUUAAAAAUGGUUUCUUAUUUCAAUGGAAAUUUCCAAAAAGUUUCCGUGUUGGUAAAAUUCCUGAAAUCGAUGGCGAAAGUCAGACCUGACAUGUGGAGUUUCAUUGUCGCGAAAGUAUUCGAACUUGUUGAUCUUGUGCAAGUCAGAAUCUUAAUCAUCAAGUCAAUUCCGACCUAUUUAAUAACAACAGCUUUUUCUUUGAUGAUGUCAAAAUUUGACAAAUUUUCUGACAGCAAAAAAGAAGAGUAUUUCAAUGAGUUCAAUAACGCGAUAGAGCCAAAUAAAUGGAAUACGAACCUAUUCGUUUUCAUGCUUUGUUUCGCGUUCAGAAACAGAAUGUGGAAUGCGAUUGCAAUUCAAUCUUGUUUACUCUGUUUCGAGAGUUCGAAAUUCAUUGAAAAAUUCAAAAAUUUGGGAAUCAGCGGCAUCGGAAUUGUCACUGCCUAUUUCAUGUUUUGCAAUGAUAAGAACUCUGUCAAGAUCUUCGGAAGAUUCCUCGCGAAAUCAAUCACAAUAACUAAAGAUGUUUUCGCAAUUUCUUCCGUAAUUGAAUCAUUGACAAAUAUGAAUUUUGACAAUUUUGUGGCAGAUUUAUUAACCGCCGUAAUUGAGAACGCUUUUUCAAAGGAAGAAAAAAGUGUUGAAGAAAAACUCGAGUACUUCCAUUUCAUUGUUGAAAAGAUCUUCUUUAGACACAAUCAUUCAACAAUCAACAAAAAACCAUUGAGAAGUUUCGAAACUGUUGAUAUAAAUUCAUUUAUUUUGUUAUUGACAACAGUAAGAGACAGAGUUUCCUUCAAUUACGGAUAUUCAAUAUCAGAAGAAGGAAAAUGGGUUGAUGAAGAUCUUGCCGUGGAAUUGUUGCAUCAAGGAUGGCUUUCUUUCUCUACAAAUUGUUUGAAUAUGAUUGAUUAUAUGUGUUUGAUGAGUUUCGUCAUGAAAAGAAACAUAAAUAAAAACAAGAAGUUCUUGUUUGACGAAAAUUAUAAAAUUAUCAGAGAAUCUGAAUACGCCGCGCCAUUGAUAUUAAGUGUUGUUGCAAAUGCUAAAGAUUUAGGUGUUGAUGAAAAAGUUGAUGAAAAUUUGAUGCAAAAAAGUGUCGAAGUUUUCGAAAAAUUUUAUCAAUAUUUAAUACAAAAUUUCGAUACUCGGAAAAUCUAUUUCGAACAAGUUGUUGAGUUCCCUGAUUUCCCAUUCGAUCCAGCGAAUUCCAUUGCUGAAAUCCAAUCAUUAGAACGUGCAAAAGAAAAAGAAUUGGCUGCAAAUUUGAGAAGAGCUUGGCAUCGACUUUGGCAAACUGUUUCUCACGAUAGAUCUCCUUUCAUCUCGUCAUCAUCUUUCAUUAUGAUGCCCCAUUUCAAGAUAGGAAAUCACUUCGAUAAACAUUUCAUGCCAAGUGUUUUGGUCGUAAAUAAUCACUUCACAAAUCAUAUCGAUGCAAUAAAUAAAGCGACGGUUUUGACACAAGAAUUGAAUGAGAACAAACCGCCGAGCCAUUUCUUUUUUGACAAGGAUACUAAUGAGAGCAAAUCUAGUAGUAUAGAAUUAGUUGAUGUUUUAUGGAGAAGUCCUUGCGAAAGAAUCAAAAUAACUAAGACUUUUCCAGGAGAUUUUUAUGUAAUUCAAAGUGGUUUAGUGUUUAAAUCACAAACUAAAUCGAUUUUGAUACCACGUGAACAAGUUAAAUAUUUGUUCUGGGUCUGGGUGAAUCAGAAACCAAAUGCAAUCCAGAUAUACACGAAUUCUUAUUCUUGUUAUUUGUUCAGAUUUCCAAAAGUGGAAAAUCACAAGUUUGUGACAAAUCUCUUGCAAAUCGGGUUUGCUAAUGCUGAGUUUAUCCAAGAAAACCCUCCAAACAUCGAGAUAGAAAGACUCGGAUUAACACAUAAAUGGAUGCGACGCCAAUUAUCUAAUUUCGAUUAUUUAAUUUGGUUAAACAUUCUUUCUGGAAGAAGUUUCUUGGAUUCUCGUGUUUAUCCGAUCUUUCCAAUCAUCGCUUUGAAGAAUGACACUCAAGAAAUGGAAGAUAAAGACGAGGACUACAGAGAUCUCACUAAAAACAUCAUGUUCAUCAACCCGACAUCCAGUCAAAGGAUGAAAGAAAGACUCGCAAUUUUCCAACAUAAUGGUGCAACUCCUUUCUGCCAUUCCAGUUAUCUCUCGAACGCUUACACUGUUAAUCAUUAUUUAAUAAGAAUGGAGCCGUUCACGACAUUGCACAUCAUGAUGCAGGAUGGACAUUUCGAUGUAGGACCUCGUUUGUUCAUUUCUUUACAAGAUAACAUCAAUAGAAUGAUGUCAAAAAUGCCGUAUUUCAGAGAAUUUACACCGGAAUUUUACCAAAAUGAAGCUUUCCUGUUGAAUUCCAAUGAUUUGCCAUUAGGAAAAUACAAUGAAACUGAUGAUAUCGGUGACGUUGUUCUUCCUACAUGGAGUUCUUCACCGGCAGACUUCAUUUACAAACACAGAAAUUUGUUGGAAAGUGAAAGAGUUUCUCAAGUGAUUCAUGGUUGGAUUGAUUUGAUCUGGGGAUUCAAACAAAAAGGUCAAUCAGCUGCAGACGCAAUGAACACAUUUGACCCACAAAUAUACCCUGACAUCUGGACAAAAACAUCCGAAAACAAUGGCCAAGAACAAAUGAUGGCUGAAGCUGUAAUUGCAAUGUUAAAUACAAUCGGACAAAUUCCUCAACAAUUGUUCACUUCACCUCACCCGAAGAGAAAUCCAAUUGUUACGGAACAGUUCAAUGGAAAAGCUGUUGCAUUGCAUAAUAUUCCUGAUGACGUUGCUUGUGUUAUUUGCAGUGGUUCUGUCUUCGAAAAAAUGAAAAUUUACGCUGCAUUGAGAAACGGAAGAGUUUUCUGUUUAAGACUUGCAGCAACGAAUUUCGAAGUCCAAUUGAUGAAACACGCAAAAAUACCUGCUGAUCCAAAGAAAAUCGCUCAUUUCAGAUCAGAAACAAAUGACGAUUUCAUAUUCGCUUUCGCGCAGGAUCAUUCCGCAAAAGUGACAAUUUUGAAUGUCAUAAAACGGUCGGUUAUUCGGUCAAAGACUUCACCUCACUUGUCAGAAAUCAACUGUAUAAGUGUUGCUAAGAACAUGAUAUUGAGUGGUGGUGAAGAUGCUUUGGCAACAUUAUGGUUAUACGAUGGAAAAGAUAACAUUGAACAAUUAAACUUCAUUAUGGCUCAUAGAAGUGAAAUCACGUGUUGCUGCCUUUCUGAAGCUUUUGGAAUAGCAAUAACAUGUUCUCCUGACAACACAAUGAUCAUUUCAAGUCUUCCGGAAUUGACAUUUAUCAGAGCUGUUGAUUUGAGGAUGCCACCAGGUUCAAUUCCAUCUUCUGUUGUAAUGACAAGCCAUGUUGGAUAUAUAGUUGUUUUCUUUGGUAACCAGGCAGAGACAUUCACUGCAAAUGGAAUGUUUUGCAACACGAAUCAGUUUGAAUCUAAUAUCAUUUCAGCAUGUAUAGCAGAAAGCAAAUAUUUGGUGGAAUAUGUUGUUGCUCUGUUAUCAAACAACAGUAUUCUGCUGUUGGAACCUUACUCCCUUAAAAUUGUAAGAGUUGUUUGGAGAGGUGGAGCAAAAAUUAAGGAAGUUGGAUACCAUAAGGACUCAAAUAACUUCAUAUUGAUCACGGAAAAUGCAAAUGUUAUUUUAGUCCCUGCUUUCUUCCAACAAUAA